AUGGCGGAAGCUCCGUCAAUGGGCGAGCCCGUUGACCCAGCCCCUGGGUCAGACGGCGCAAUACACGCCAUCGCAGCCGCCGCACUCGACGCGACGCAGACCGCUCUCCUCGUCCGUCUCCUCGACCAGUCAGCGACCGUGCUCGCGCGGUCUUCCAUUGCUCGAGAGAAUAUCGGGAAUGCCACCAGUCCCUCUAUUUGGCCCAUCCUCCUUCGUCUCUGGUCCCAGGCUGCCCAAUACGCUACCAAUCCACCUCUCGCCCGCCCUCUCACUCUCACUCUCGCCAAAUUCACCCGCAACCUUGUUGCUGCUACACCAAUGAACCAAGCAAGGGCCUUCGAAUGCGAGCCACAUGUUCGGACGCUGCUCUACCAUUCCACUUCCUUCUACGCGACCCAGGACGCUUCCGGUCUGCCCAAAAAAUUUUCUGCAAAGCUUACCCUCUCCAACAUGGUCACGGCCAACGACGCGCUAGCCGCCGCCCUGUGGACCACCUACCUCAGCCUUCCAGAAGAGCGCAAUGUAUUGACGUAUGCCUUCCUUGGGCACUGUGGCCGCACUGCGUCCUCAUCCGCCCCGGCGUUUGCCCUCCAGCCGCCUCUUCUCGUCUCCGGACCCUACUACACUCUCUUCCGCUUUCGUCCUCGUCUCAACUGCGUAAACGGUAGUGUCAGCAGGAUGCAACUCUUGGCUGACGGCGCCCAGGGCCCGCGGCUCUCUAUCGCGAUGCUCGACCAAGUCGCUUCGCUGUCCGAAGCGGAAGAAGCGAGCGAACGCGGCCAGGCAUUCGACAUUGGCUCUGAGGUCUUCAGUCGCGCCAUAGAGGCCGGAGCCGGGCCCACGCUGUAUAGAAGCAUCGCUGUCGAAGGCGAAGCCGUCGCACCCCACCAGACGACCUUCCUACGCCUUCUAGACUCCUAUCUGCACGGCUCCCAGGUGGCACACGAGGUGGCGUUGGCAAGGGGACCCGACAGAGACGGGAAAUGUCUUCUUGACGUCCUCGUCGGCGAGUUCCUGAGCCUGGGAGCGUACGCACAGCGCGCCAUCCACCGAGCCCUGGGCUCACAAGACACCGGUGGGCCGGAGAGCCAUGAGGCCACACCUCGCACACCCGCAGACGACGGCGCGCCUGCGGAGACGAGAAUGGGCCCAAACGUUCCUGGGGGCGAACCACACGCAGCCGCUGGUGCGAGCGCGCCUCUGCACGAGCUCGACCUGCUCCUGCCCAAGGUUUGCGAGGCCCUGGUGCUCGUCACGGAGUGCAUCACGACGGCGUGCCUGCGGGCUGAAGAAUCCGGCGCGACCGCCCUCGCGCUGUCGUCCUCAGCCGACUCCGGCGGAACGCGCACUCCCAGAAACAUAGUCGCGGCUGCGGCUAGUCCCGUGGGCCAGGGAUUCGUCGAGUGUCUCGUCGAGACCCUCGGGCUCGUGGACGCGUUCGUGCCUCGAAUCACUUACGGCAAGGUCGUGCGGCGGCCCCCCGCGCCAACACCCCGCGCGACGUGGACGCCAGGCCAAAUGAUCGCGGCGGUCGCGCAGGCGUUCGCGCACGUCAAGCGCGACCUCGUCCGCCUGCUGGGCGUGCUCGCGGCCGAGGAUCGCGCGGUGCAAGACCGCGCGCGUGCCUGCGGCGGCGUCCCGGCGGUAAUGAACCUCUGCGUCGUCGACGACUUAACCCAUGGGAACGAGGCGAACCAGGCCGUCGUGCAGGCAAUCCGUCCCGUGGGGCGUUGGGACGAGGACAAAGUUCUCCGCGACAUUGCGCGGGGUACGGUGUAG